AAUUAUGGUGAUUUCUUUAAUCAAUACUGCAGCUGUCGCCAAAAUUGCAUUUGGAAAACACUUGACAAUCAUCUUGCCUCAGUAGAAGACGGAUCAGUAUUACAGUUUUACGGGAAAUGGCCAUUUCUUUCGUACAGUUUACCAUUCCUUUCGUUUAUUCCUAUGCAGGAGCCAGCAUCGGUCAUUUUUUCUGUCUUGAAUCUCUUUACAACACUGUAUUUAUACAAAGGUGCCUGUCAGUUUUUUAUGCGCAAUGUCUGGAGGACAUAUGCUGGUAUUGGUAUCUUUGCUUGGCUCUCUUCUACGGCUUUUCAUUGGUCUGACUUUUGGUUGACGGAAUACCUAGAUUACUUUUCAGCUUAUGCUGUUAUCAUGUUUGCUUUCUUUACUAGCGUUUCAUUAGUCAUAGUACCGCUUCAUCGACUGCGCUUUAUAACGUUAUGGUAUUUGUUCGAUUUCCCUCCGCUAAUGUGGGUCUUCGAUUCCCACUCAUUAUUUCAUCUGGCUACUGUGCCUGUUCCGUUAUUUUUGCUCCGUUUCAUACAACUGGAAAACAAUAGUGAUUUAGUAAACUCUCGCGAGUAUGCAAAAAUGGCUUGA